AUGCCCAUGCUGUACCAUUUGAGUAUGUCUGCUAUCACUUUUCUCUCUUUGCACAGAGAGGUUGGAUCAAACGCCAGCGAUAUCGUGACCAACAACGUCUUUGCUCUCAACCUGACCACAUACCCUCUCCUGGACAAGGCCACGUCCAGCUCGCCAAUACAUGAAAACCCGGACAACUUUGGUUUCGACGGCCUCCACCGUGAAGAUCUUCGAAGCGAAGAGAGGGCUGGACUUCUACCGCAACGGGUAUCAGCGUAUGUUUACAAACUGCGUAUGGGUGUGUCGAGUCGGCUACUACUACACCCAAAACGUGUUAUGAAGACAUGUGGCAUCGAAGCAAAGACCAAAGGGCGCAUCGGUGUUCACGAUUUCUGGCGAUGGCUUGAGUAUGUAGACUUGUACCGAGCUCGAGGCAAACAAUUUAGUGACUCUGCACUGGUUGAUGUCUUGGUGAAAAAGUCGAUACCAGAAGCACAGCUGGUGAAUCUGUUUCAUUCGCUUCGAUUCUACCGCGAAAUGGAAGACCGUGCAAACGUCUUUCAACGGAUACUAGCUCAGAAGUGCUCCCCAGCCACUUCCGAAUAUAUGAUAUCGGUGUGGCUGAAGUCCAAUUUGAACCCCCGAGAUGUUUUCCGGAUCCUCGGUAAUGGAUGGAGGGAUAUCAACGUUUCUUCUCCGAGUGUUAUCCUGUGGCUGCGAUACACCGAGGCGUUCCGAAUAAAAAACGGUGGCGAUGCGUAUCCCGUUGAGCAAACGGGAGAAGACCUGUUUCUACAGAGAUACACGUUAGCUCAAUCUCUCACUUUUCUCGAGAAAGCUCGACAAGAACAGGACCUGGUACAGCUUGCCAACGAGUUGGAGGAGUACGUCAACGAGCACACACACGCAUUGCCAAAGUUACUAGCUGCUGCUGCCUGA